AUGGUGCCCUGCGUUAUUGCAAAGGCGCUGCGAGGAUUUUAGAAUUCUGUUUUAAGGAGGGUGUUGUUGUUGUCUCAUUAGCAUUGCAACGAACGCAGACCAUUUUCUGAUGUGUCCCCUUCAUUUGGCAGUGUGGUGUCCCUGGCUGUUUUGCGACGGACUUGAUCUUUCAGAACUGAGUGCAAAAGCAGUUAAGGACACAGGGAUAGAUUGCGAGGGAGAUCAACUUGCGAUUAUGCGAGCGGCCCGAGUGGGCUAGGCGGUGCGGGUCCGAGGAAGCAGCGCGGGCGGCGCCGAGGGGCCGAGAUGAGGCGCGUCGUCGAGCGCCGGCAGGACAAUCCCGAAGACAUCGAGGACAGCAAAUGGCGCCGGAAGUCCUACGCUCUUGCGCAACACAAUGCCCUGCCCGUGCCUAUGCCCCUCCCCGCCUACCCCCCGCCCAAGGUGGUGCCGCUGCCAACCACAGCGCCUGCCCGGCGGCCGAGGGCGUACCGACCCCCUCCCCCGACCUACCGCCCGACCAACGGCACCAACCGGCCUCUGGCGCCCACUCCUGAAGUACCCGCGGGGAUGACUCGCCUCCCAAGCCAUCUCCCGCCCACGCCCGAGCACCCCCCGCCUCCGGAGGCUGGGCCCACCGAGUCCUUGGCGGCCACCAGCGCGCCCGCAGUGCCCGUGCGCCGCCGCAACGCCGCGCUCCAGCGCCAGACUGCUUCGCCGUCGACGCCGAGCAGCAUGGACGCAGAGCACCUUCCUCCCACGCCGCCCCUCACCUCCUCCUCGUCCUCGCCGCCCUCGCCCACGAGCGCGGCGAGCCUCAGCCACCUCCCGCCCACGCCCACGUCUCAGGUGUUCCCGCCGACGCCCUCGCUGAGUCGGUCUGGCACCCCGACGUCCCUCUCCUGCCCGAGGACCCCGACUUCCAUCAGGGCCGCCCCUUGGCAGCCGCCCUUCGUCGAGAAGAGUGCCGCCUCGCCCACGCCCUCCCAGACCCCUCCCGCGGGCGUGGGGACGGCAUUCCCGCCCACGCCGUCGUCCACGCGGUCACACACGGCUGACAACGGCGUCACACCUGCGUCGUCGGUGUCAUCCCUGAACAAUGUCAUGACAGAGAGCAAGCCCCAGGCGCCGCCACCCACCGCCGCCCGCCUGGAGGAAGUGGAGCCGCCGCUGUCGCUCCCCGCCGUCGAGGGCCCCGUCGGGAAGACAGCCGUGGCGCCUUCAAUCCUGAGCGCCGAGCAUCUCCACGCCCAAAUCAAGAAUGUGGGCGGCGACAGCUGGCGUGUGGGCGCCGACGCUCCCCCUCCGGCGAUACCACGAGACCAGGACAAGAAGCUGCCUGACGAAGACGAGGCGAAGGGCGCCUACAAGACCUACUACACCAGAUUCUGGAUUCUGGCCGUGUUCUCGACGCUCGCCCUUCCUGCAGAGCACGGUGUGGGGCACCUUCGGCCCGAUCCUGGACUCAGCCGAGGCGGCCUUCGGCUGGACGGACGCCACGGUGGCCGCCUUCCCCAACUGGGGCCCCGUCGUCGUCGUCACCUUCACGCUCCCCAUGAUGUGGUUCACGCAGAAGCUGGGACUCCGGCUGGGAAUGCUGGCGUGCGCGACCCUCAUCUUCGCCGGGACUCUGGUGCGGUGCUUCACGUCAGAGCCUUUUAUCUUUACUGUGCUGUGUCACGUGGGCGCCGUCCUCAACUCUUUCGCCGCCUGCAUGACCCUGUCCCUCCCCGCCAUGGUCGCCGCCGUAUGGUUCCCGCCCGACGAGCGGAUAACAGCAACAGCCGUGGGCGCCCUCAUGUGCCAGCUCGGGGGCGCCGCUAUGUACAUGGGACCCCUUGUGGUGAGGAGUCCGGGCAACGGGACCUCGCCAGAGGAUACCAGCGAGACCUUGGCAGAGGAUAUCCGGGGAGACAUUAUGACCUUGAUGUAUAUCCACUGCGGGGUGGCGGCCGCCCUCCUUCUCGCCGUGAUCAUCUACUUCCCCGCCCGCCCCCCCUCGCCCCCCCUCCGUGACGUCAGCUGAAGACAAACCCAGUUUCCUCAGCGGAAUCAAGAGCAUCGCCAAGAACGUCCAGCUGCUGUUGGUCCUGGGCGUCUACUCGUUCUCCUUCGGCGUCCCCGUCGUGUGGAUCGGCGUCCUCACCUUCUCGCUCAGAGUCAUCGACAUUCAUCAG